AUGGGGACUUUAGAAGUACCAACAACAUAUCCCUCCACCGCCACCACCGCCAACGGUACUAAACUCUCUGACCCAGAAAAACCCAUAAACGACGAGGUUUCCCCCAUUGAGGAGGUCCGACUAACCGUUACCAACACAGAUGAUCCAACCCUUCCUUUAUGGACCUUCAGGAUGUGGUUCUUGGGUUUGUUAUCAUGUGGGCUUCUCUCUUUCCUCAACCAAUUCUUCUCUUACAGAACAGAGCCUCUUGUGAUCACCCAAAUCACUGUCCAAGUAGCCACACUUCCGGUGGGCCAUUUCUUGGCUGCUGUGCUUCCCAAGAGUAAGUUCCGCAUCCCUGGCUUCGGGUCGAAAACGUUUUCCUUGAACCCGGGUCCUUUUAACAUGAAAGAGCACGUACUCAUCUCCAUCUUUGCAAAUGCUGGAAGCGCAUUUGGAGCUGGAUCUGCUUCUGCUGUAUUAGGAUAUGGGUGGGCAGGGCUGCUGAGGAAAUAUGUAGUGGAGCCAGCCCAAAUGUGGUGGCCUAACACUCUCUUCAGGGCUCUGCAUGAGAAAGAUGAAAACGAUCGAUGCAUGACUCGGGCUAAGUUCUUCCUAAUUGCAGUAAUUUGCAGUUUUUCCUGGCAUGUAGUUCCAGGAUACCUAUUCACAACAGUUACAAGCAUUUCAUGGGUCUGCUGGGUGUUUUCAAAGUCAGUAACAGCACAGCAACUUGGGUCAGGCAUGAAGGGCCUUGGACUUGGGGCUAUAACGCUUGACUGGUCUGCUGUGGCAUCCUUCUUGUUCAGCCCCCUUAUUAGUCCUUUCUUUGCCAUUGCCAAUGUUUUUGUGGGAUAUGUGUUGAUGCUCUACAUUGUCAUUCCUAUUGCUUACUGGGGACUAGACCUAUACAAUGCACACAGAUUUCCCAUAUUCUCCAUCCACUUGUUUACAGCCCAAGGAAAUAAGUAUGAUAUAUCAGCUAUUGUUAAUGACAAGUUUGAGCUAGAUCUGCAAAAGUAUGAGGAGCAAGGACGAAUUCAUUUGAGCUUGUUUUUCGUUUUCACUUAUGGCUUGGGUUUUGCAACCAUUGCAUCAACCCUUACGCAUGUGGCUUUCUUCUACGGAAGGGAGAUUUACGAGCGAUACCAUGCUUCUUAUAAGGGCAAGGAGGAUAUCCAUACCAGAUUGAUGAGAAGAUACAAGGACAUACCUUCCUGGUGGUUUCACUUGUUGUUGGCUGUCACGCUUGCAGUUUCGCUUGUUCUCUGUAUAGUCUUGAAUGAUCAGGUUCAGAUGCCAUGGUGGGGACUCCUCUUUACCAGCGCUGUGGCUUUCUUCUUCACCCUUCCAAUCAGUGUCAUAACUGCCACAACCAAUCAAACACCGGGGAUAAACAUAAUCACAGAGUAUGUCAUGGGUAUCAUAUAUCCAGGAAGACCAAUAGCCAAUGUCUGCUUCAAAAUCUAUGGUUGUAUCAGCAUGGCGCAGGCUGUCUCUUUCCUCAACGAUUUCAAGCUUGGACACUACAUGAAGAUCCCGCCAAGAUCAAUGUUCUUGGUUCAGUUCAUCGGAACGAUGCUCGCUGGAACCAUCAACCUUGCAGUGGCAUGGUGGCAGCUAAAUUCCAUUAAUAACAUAUGCCAGGACGAUCUGCUUCCCCCUAACAGUCCUUGGACUUGCCCAGGUGACACAGUUUUCUUUGAUGCAUCUGUCAUAUGGGGUCUGGUAGGACCUAGACGGAUAUUUGGAAGUCUUGGAAAUUAUCAAGCCAUGAAUUGGUUCUUCCUUGGAGGUGCAGCAGGACCAGUUAUAGUUUGGCUAUUACACAAGAUAUUCCCAAAGCAAUCUUGGAUUCCCAUGAUUAACCUACCAGUUCUUCUAGCAUCCGGAAUGAUACCUCCAGCAACAACAGUAAACUACAAUUCCUGGAUCAUAGUUGGAACAAUUUUUAAUUUCUUCAUAUUCCGCUACAGGAAGCAGUGGUGGCAAAGGUACAAUUACAUUCUUUCAGCAGCACUGGAUGCAGGGGUGGCUUUCAUGGCAGUGCUAUUGUAUUUUUCAGUGGGCAUGGAAAACAGAACUUUAACUUGGUGGGGUACAGAUGGUGAACACUGUGAUUUAGCAUCUUGUCCAAUAGCCAAAGGCAUAAAGGUUGAUGGUUGUCCAGUGAACUAAUCACAAUCAUAUUGUUCUUCUGCCACAUAU